CGCCGGGGGCUGCACCAGCCUCCCCGCGGAGCAGUCCUGACCCGGCUGGCCCGGGUGCCCCCCCACUCCAACCCUCUCGGGAAGAGCUGCCGGGGCUGCAAUUUGGAGCCGAGAGAGGAUCCUGGAUUGACUCCAAAGUCAACCAGGCUUGGUCCAGAGCUCGAAGUGGCCACCCCAUCCUCUUCAGCUUCCGCCUCCUUGUGGAAACAAGAAACCACCUGGCACCGCCAAACUUCGCGGUGGCCGUGUAUCUUCUGAGGCCUUCGGGACUUGGCCGGACAGUACCUGAGCUCUAGGGAGGGGGAGACCUGGACGCGGGCGGCGUCGCCGUCACCCACUGGCUUGGCAGGACUGGCCUCCUCAUGGUCUUCGCCCCAGGACACCAGGAGGGUUUGCGGUUCUGAGACCACGCUUCCCUCCUUCCUGAGAAACAGGACGUUGUGUAUCCAUUCUGAGCAUCACUUUACACCAGGCGCCGCGCUGGACCCUGAGGAGGAGGAGGACAAAGCGGUGUGAACCAGGGUUUCUGAAACUCCGCUGCAGCUCUGAGUCUCCGGAGCUUUUCAAAAUCCCCACGCCCAGUCAGCACCCCAGACCAAUUGCAUCAGAAUCUCCCGGAAUGGGAUACAAAACAUUCAAAUUUUUUAAAGUUCAAGGGGUGAUUGCAAGAGGACUCAAGAUUGAGAACCAGAGAACCAAAAUAUCAGUGGAGACUGGCUGAGGAAACAAAUACUCUAGUACCUAGAAAAAUACUAGGCUUAUUAGUUUGAUGCCCAGAGGAUUAACUGUUAUUUUUGUUUUCACUUCUACAUUGUAUGAAAAAUUUAUCUCUGUUACUUAUGAUACUUAGGCAAGGAACUACUUAGAAUGAGUGAGACAGAGCGUGCCCUCCACUCCUCACUGGUGGUUAGCUCUCAGUUAUUCGCCAGGAAAGAUACCAAAGUGGGAAUGAUGUGAAAGAUGGACUAUCCAAGCUUUAUUCAUUUUUUUCCCCUUGCCAUUUGUGUUACCAAACAGGUUUGUCUAAUUAAGUAAUGAACUCAUGUACUUGAGGAGUCAGCAUACUUUGCCAAGAUUCACACCAACUGAUCGGCUCAUGUUUAGCCUUUGCCUAAAAGAUUUAUUCCUCAUAUGGACGCUCCCAUUCCCCAAUGCUGCAACUGCACCUGCAUGAAAAUGAACUGCCUGAAUGCUCUGUGGACCCAUCCUGCACAGCAUCAUACAGGGUUUAUCGAUCACCGGAGAUGCAUGACACAUUGUGCCAGGAUGACAUAGACCCAAGCUGAAGGACAGCCCUGAUCUGGGACAUGCUGCUCACCUGGCAGGAGGAAGAGAAAGACGGUGGAACCGUGUGAUGACUCUUAGACUUAUGUUUGGACAUAGCAUCUAUUAUAUCUGUUCACAGUCCACUGGCCAAAAGAAUUCCAUGGCCAAGCCUGAGGGUCAUGUGGAGGGAGAACAGUCCUCCCAGGGCAAGAGGCGGUACUUUGUGCUGGAUUUUGAGGCUGGUAUCCUGCAGUAUUUUGUGAACGAGCAAAGCAAACAGCAGAAGCCUCGAGGGGCCCUGUCUCUGUCCGGCGCCGUCGUGUCCCUGAGUGACGAAGCGCCCCAUAUGCUGGUCGUGUACUCUGCCAACGGGGAGAUGUACAAACUGAGAGCUGCUGAUGCAAAAGAGAAACAGUUCUGGGUGACUCAGCUUCGAGCUUGUGCCAAAUACCACAUGGAGAUGAAUUCUAAGACGACUCCAAGCUCCCGAAGCCGAAGUCUCACGUUGCUCCCCCAUGGAACACCCAAUUCUGCGUCUCCCUGUAGCCAGAGACACCUCGGUGCGGGGGCCCCCGGCGUGGUCACAAUCACACAUCACAAGUCGCCUGCUGCCGCCCGAAGAGCCAAGAGUCAGUAUUCCGGCCAGCUUCAUGAAGUCAGAGAGAUGAUGACGCAGGUGGAGGGACAGCAGAAGAACCUGGUGCAUGCCAUCGAGUCUCUGCCGGGGUCCGGGCCCCUCACUGCCUUGGACCAGGACCUGCUGCUCCUGAAAGCUACCUCUGCUGCCACCCUCAGCUGCCUUGGGGAGUGCCUGAGCCUGCUCCAGCAGAGCCUGCACCAAGCCGGCCAGCCCAGCCACAGGCCCGGGGCCUCGGAAAGCAUCCUGGGAUGGCACGGGCCUAAGUCACACUCCACAGAGCAGCUGAAAAAUGGGACACUUGGCUCCUUGCCAUCGGCCAGCGCCAGCAUAACCUGGGCCAUUUUACCCAACUCCGUGGAGGAUGAACAAACCUGCCCGCCAGAGCCAGAGCCAAACUCAGGCCCCGAAUUGGUUUUGUCAGAAGAUGAGAAAAGUGACACUGAAGAUCAGGAAGAGACAGAAGUGGGCGUCAUGGAGGAUCAGCGCAGUGUAAUCCUUCACCUCAUUUCUCAGCUCAAACUUGGAAUGGAUCUGACCAAGGUGGUGCUUCCCACGUUCAUUCUCGAGAAGCGGUCCUUGCUGGAGAUGUACGCAGACUUCCUGGCACACCCAGACCUGCUGCUGGCUGUCACCGCAGGGGCCACGCCACAGGACAGGGUCAUCGGCUUCGUGGAGUAUUACCUCACCGCCUUCCACGAGGGCCGCAAGGGCACCCUGGCCAAGAAACCCUACAACCCCAUCAUCGGCGAGACGUUCCACUGCUCCUGGGAGGUUCCCAAGGACAGGGUCAGGCCCAAGAGGACUGCUGCCCCUGCUGCCUCCGGCCAUGAACACCCGAUGGCCGACGACCCCUCCAAGAACUACAAAAUGCGGUUCGUGGCCGAGCAGGUGUCCCACCACCCGCCCGUCUCCUGCUUCUACUGUGAGUGCAAGGAGAAGCGGCUGUGCGUCAACACUCAUGUAUGGACCAAAAGCAAGUUCAUGGGCAUGUCCGUGGGGGUCUCAAUGAUCGGGGAAGGUGUGCUGCGUCUCCUGGAGCAUGGGGAGGAUUAUGUGUUCACCCUGCCCAGUGCCUACGCCCGGUCCAUCCUCACCAUCCCUUGGGUGGAGCUCGGAGGAAAAGUCAGCAUCACCUGCGCCAAGACCGGGUACUCAGCGACAGUGAUCUUCCACACAAAGCCUUUCUACGGGGGGAAGGUCCACAGGGUCACAGCAGAAGUGAAGCACAACCCGACCAACACCAUUGUGUGCAAAGCCCACGGCGAGUGGAAUGGGACCCUAGAGUUCACCUACAACAAUGGGGAGACCAAGGUCAUUGACACGACCAUGCUGCCAGUGUACCCCAAGAAGAUCCGACCCCUGGAGAAGCAGGGCCCCAUGGAGUCCAGGAACCUCUGGCAGGAGGUGACCCGAUGCUUGCGGCUGGGGGACAUCGACGCCGCCACCGAGCAGAAGCGGCGGCUGGAGGAGAAGCAGCGCGCAGAGGAGCGAAAGCGGGAGAACCUCCGCACGCCCUGGCGGCCCAAGUACUUCAUCCAGGAGGGUGACGGCUGGGUAUACUACAAUCCGCUCUGGAAGGCACACUAAUGGGUGGAGAUACAGAGCUUUCAGAGAUGGUCCUGUUUUUGUAGGAAUUAAAGUGGUACAGUAUCAAGGUUCUGCUGGUAUUCCCUGAGACCUCUUGAUAGCAUUCAAGACAUGGUACCUGAGAGAGAAAUUAUGUACUGUGAAAAAUGCACCCCCAGACUCUACUAUGGGAUAGAAUUUAUUCAAGAGCCAUUUGGGGCAUGCGUGUGCACACACGUCUGUGUGCAAGCUCUCGGCACACUGUAUGUUCACACGCAUGUGCUGUCUGCUGGAUAUUAUUACACAUGUAAAUAGUGCACUUACCAAUAUUGAAGUGGGUAAUUAUGAGCUCCUUUUUAUCAAUGAGGUUUGAAGUUUUCUACUUUUCACUUUGCCAAAUACUUUUGCACUCACAAAGUAUUCUCCAAUUGACAACUCCUGUCCAAACAAAGGUGAACUGGCGUGGCCCUACUGCUGUCCGUCUGGUAGAAGGUGGCUGUCAUUUCAGAAUUAUCGCUGUGCUUCCCACUCCCCUCCCAAGUCAACAUUUGUUUGUCCAUAUGCAAGACAGAUCAACUGCCAUUUCCUGCUGGAUGGGGAGCGGGCAGGAAGCUGGUAAAGGUUUAUGCCAGAGCAUUCUAGGACGGAGCACCCCUGGGAGAGCCUAGAGCCAGGCCUACCUUGGAAUGUUCCUCGCAUCUCCUUGCCCCAGAAGCUUUCUGGUAAUUUCUCAUGCUCAAAGCUCUAGUCAUACAAUUUUCAGAAGCUGCUUCUUUCAUGGUAGAAAACAAGUCAUAUGGAGACUGCACUACCUUUAUCCUGAAAAAAGGGCUUUAGAAAUGAAAUACACGCAUGCAUAUACAAACAUGCACCACCACAGCCUCAAUCUUAUAUUUCGUUUGGGGAAAGAGAAGAGAAUAUCCUGUGGAUUUUUUUUAAAGUGCACCUCUCGUUUGACCCGAAUUCUGCAAGGAAACCACUGUGAUUAAAACAUCCAUAAAGCCUGCAUCAGUGUUUCAUGGUUUCAGUUCAGUUUCAGUCUUCAGCCUUUACAAAUGAGGUCAAGACAUGACCAGAAUAUAAAGCAAGGAGAAAAUGAAGUAUUUGAUCUUUGCUCAAUGCUUAAUUUAUUUUUUACUGUGCCACUCUAAUGAGAAUAUUUAUACAAUCCAGUAGCAUGAAUGCUUCUCUGUAGUAAUACUAAUUUUGUGCCUUUUGUCUGCUUUCUUAAGACCAAUUGUUCACACUUUGUAGAUAUUAGACAAAUAUAUUUCGAUUAAAUACUAUACUUA